AUGAACGUGUUAUCAAAGCUUCUUGACAAGGCAGCGAGUGCAAGGCAGAUCGGAUAUCAUCCACAGUGUCAAAACCUUGGUCUAACCCACUUAAGCUUUGCGGACGAUAUAAUGGUACUCACCGAUGGGAAAGUAAGAUCAGUGGAAGGAAUAGUAAAGGUCUUGGACGAGUUUGCGAGAUUCUCCGGACUGCGUAUCAGUAUGGAAAAAUCAACACUUUACCUAGCAGGGGCUGUGAAGCAGGAAAUGGCGACACGUUUUGCGUUUGAUUCCGGUCAGCUCCCAGUUCGUUACCUUGGUUUACCUCUCCUAACAAAACGCAUGUCCACGUCUGACUAUCAACCGCUUCUGGAGAAGAUCAUGGGGAAGAUAACCUCGUGGAAGGCACGUUUCCUCUCCUUUGCAGGAAGACUUGAGUUGAUUACCUCUCUUCUUCACAGUCUCUCGAAUGUUUGGCUAUCUGCAUUUAAACUUCCGUCAGCAUGCUUACACGAAAUCGAUAAGCUAUGCUCGGCUUUCUUGUGGUCUGGCCCUACUCUCAAUCCACGGAAGGCAAAGUUAGCUUUUGGUCUGAAGUCUGCAAGCCUCGCCAAGAAGGAGGAUUGA